GGAGUUUUAAUACUUUCAACACUACUAUAUAACAAAUAAUUUGAGGCGAAUGUAUGAUGUAGAAGGGAAGUAGACGAUAUCUCCUGAUUAGUCGAUGAAAGUUGGUCAAUUAAAACGUCCAUGAGCACGAGCACGGAGUUCACGGAUGUGCCUAUGCCCCGUAUGAGAUCAGCACAAGCAUGGUGGAAUUUGGUGGUACAUACCUGCUGCCGUACAUCCAGUGCCUCCAUCCUUAUUCUGCUCCUCAUGUACUGGCUUUACUCCAGUUGGACGAUAUUAGUGCUGCUAGUUCUCGCAAUAUUUGCUGCCCUCUACCAGUAUCAGGACACAUUCCUCUACUUUCCUGAUCAGCCGGAAUCAAGUCGGGUGUUCGUGCAGACCCCCAACACUAUAGGAUUACCGUAUGAGAAUAUCUACAUUAAAACUAAAGACGGAGUGAAGAUAAAUGCUGUCUUCAUCAAACAACCCGCCAACAGGCUAGCGACCGCGCCCACUGUUAUCUUCCUGCACGGCAACGCGGGGAACGUGGGACACCGACUGAUAAACGCUAAAGCUCUUCAUAGUUUCUGUGGGUGCAAUAUCUUCUUGUUAGAGUGGAGGGGAUUCGGGAAGAGUGAUGGACUGGCAUCCGAAUAUGGAAUGAAGAUGGAUGCUGAGGGUGGAUUAGAGUUUCUUCUUUCAAGAGAAGAUAUCGAUAGACGAAGGAUUAUUGUAUAUGGACGGAGCCUUGGCGGAGGAGUGGCGGUUCACCUGUCUGCCAGUAAACUGUAUCAAGACAAGAUAUUCGCCCUGAUCCUGGAGAAUACCUUCACUUCCAUUCCAGAGAUGGCACAUGUCAUCUUCCCUCUAACUAAAUACCUUCCUUUAUUCUGCUACAGAAACAAGUUUCUGAGUGUAGAGGAGAUAAAACGGGUAUCUUCUCCCACUCUAUUCAUAUCUGGUAUGGCUGAUACACUCGUCCCUCCCAAAAUGACCCGCGAUCUAUACACUUUAUGUGGCAGCACCAUGAAGCGUAUCGAGUGUUUUGAGAGUGGAACCCACAAUGGGACUUGGCAAUGUUACGGCUACUACGAGGCUCUCAACCGCUUCCUGGCUGAGGUGAUUGAAUCCCUGCACCCCAACAACCCCAAAGUCUCGGAAAUGCCGGGCCCCAGCAAAUCAUGAAACCCUGCACUCCAGACACAAACACACUGUUCCAGCAAGAUUACCUCAGUUAGCUGACGUCAGAGGGGUACUGUAAAGUGAAACUGUCAUUUAGUGUACACCAUUUUGACGGCGCAACACCACGUUAUUACCUUAUAAGGAGUUUUGUGACGUCAUAACACCAUUUUGACAGUCGUUGUUUAGAGAGAUAUAAUACCGUGGUACUUUAAUUAAAUUUAGAUAUGUGGUUGUAUUUUGAGCAUUAAUGCUAUAAUUGUACCGAUUAAUUGAGUUUUUCAGAUCUGUGGAGUCUGUUUCAAGUUGUGUAUAUUAUUAUAGGUUACCGUUCUGAACUUAGAUUCUGAAGUAAAAUAAAUGAAACCAGUAUCACCACGCAAUCAAUGCUGACAAGCUUUCUCUUGAAUUUUGACAUUUCUCCUGUCCAUUACCUGCUUGACACUAUUGUCAGAAUGAAGAAGUCUCUCUCUUGCCCACGCACUGAUACCAGACAUAUCGAAAUUACAAAAUGGCAAACCUUGAACAGUUUUAUCUAAGUCGGGAAGCUGGUUUCUGCAACUGUCCCUGAAUCUUGAAGUCAUAUUCCAGUGAUGGUCAGGAGCUGCGACUCUCUUGAACCAUUACAGACUACAGAGAUUAUUACUAUUAUUACACCGCUGGUAUGUUACGAAACUGUCAGGAAUAUCAUUGCGGUGAACAUCAUAAUAGAUUGUCAAAUAUCGCAGUUCUUUUGCUUGCCCUCGAUGAAAUGCUCCUGUGAUCGGUGGUGUUCGGUAUCUAUGAUUGAUAUUAGCAAUGAACAAAUAAAUGCGUGUAUAGUUUAAAGUUUGUUAGGCCUAGAUAAAAAUAGGAGUGUGUGGAAGAAAUGUGGCGAUGUUGGAGUAAAAUGUAGUCAUGGCAGUGUAGAGUUUCAUCAGAGCAUCUACUAGAUACAUUUUUUUGUGGAAUUUGAUCUCCAAUAUUCAAGAUCCACAAAGUCGCAUGAUGAGGAAAUAUGCUUACUUGAGGAUCUUAAAGGAUAAAGCUGUUUUGGUUUUGUUUAUUUUGCGUGUGGCCGACCAUCUUUUAAGUUAUAGGUUAAACAUGAAGUGUUGCCGGUAGGUAUCUAUAUUAUAUAAUAAUAUAAUUCGUAGCUUUGAAUAAUUUUAUGUA